GCACAAGUGAAGCAGGUUUGAGUCCACACAGUCAGAAAACCUGAUUUUUGUGUGUAUUUCGCUUCCUGUAGUUUGUAAAGUGAAGGCGCUUGGAGCCGGCGGAUUCCUCUGCGAUGUCAGCGGCUGGUUGUAGGCGGGAUGGGAUGAGGAGAGGGGGCUUUAUGCACAGACGUUACCUCGCUCGUGUCCGUUAACCUGAAGACUACUGAAGAAGCAGUCGAGGAGCGGAGAAAGUGCUUGGUGUCAACUUUAGAGAAGCGCCUGUCUGCCGGUGGAUGUUGCGCAAUGGAGAUAAGGAAAAGACUUCGAGCCGUGCUGAUGUUAAUAUGGAUCUCUCAAGGUGACACCCACAAGGUGGAGAUCCCCCGAGGAGAGAUGGAGGUGGUGAAGGGCCAGAUGGUGGUCUUACACGCCUGGUACAGUCCCAACUCAGACAUCUCUAAAAACACUGUGGUCUGGCAUUUCACAGGAAAUGAAUCCAAGCAGGUGAUAAACUUCAGCUCAGGUGAGGUCGGGUACAGCCAGAAUGAGUUCACCAAAAGAGUGGGCUUCAGUAUGGCCAUGCCCUCGGCCAACAUCUCCAUCUACAUCAACAACACCCAGGAGUCGGACACUGGACGCUACUUCUGCAGUGUCAUCGUUCCUAAAGGUCUUAGCAUUUCAGGAGAGAUGAGCCUUAAUGUCAAAGUCCCUCCGUCUCCACCAGUAUGCACUAUGACAGGGAGUCCAGUGGUGGAGGGCAACGUGACUCUGAGCUGUCAGUCCGCUUAUGGAAAACCAGUCCCCCAGUACAAGUGGACCAAGGCUGCACCAGUGUCCGAGGUCUUUUUCUCCCCCAUGCAGAAUGAGAGACACGGCACCCUCAGGCUCAGCAACCUCACUAAAAGCAUGUCAGGGAAGUACAUCUGCAGAGCCAGCAACACGGCGGGCUCCGACAGCUGCUCCAUUAACCUGGAGGUCAUCACCUCUUCUAAUGCAGGCGUAGUUGCAGCGGCUACUCUAGGGUCCAUAGUGGGACUGGUGGCCAUGGUGCUUUUCCUUAUAUUCAUCCUGAGGAGGAAGCGGGACUCUGAGGAGGAGAUAGCCAAUGAGAUCAAGGAGGAUGCUCAGGCGCCGAAGCGAGUUUCAUGGGCCAAGAGCAACACUGGCUCCGACACUGUAUCCAAGAAUGGCACGCUUUCCUCCAUAGCAACCAGUCCUCGACCCCGAGACCCCCACGCUCCAAACUUCCACUACCCAUACUCCCCCAUGUCGGCCUCAGACGCCAGCUCAGUGAUCAACGCAUACCAGCUACGGCCCGGGGAAGGCAACACGCUGCAGGGACUUCCUGGUUACAACCUCGGGGGAACGCCAAUGCAGAAGCUAAAGCGACCAUCAACAACAAAUGGGGCCCCUCCACAGAUGCUGAGGGGCCCUGCGGUUGCUGUCCCCAACAGGACUGAAGGCGCUCAGCCUCAGGUGCCACCGCCACUCACUGCUGUGUCCCCACAGGUCCGCUCUUCCACCCUGACACGCAUGGGGGCCGUGGCUGUCAUGGUUCCCGCCCAGAGUCAAGCUGGCUCUCUGGUGUAGCCGGGGGGAGAGAGACAAAAAAGGACCAUGUGGGUGUGGCACGCCUUGAAAUGGGAAAAAAGCACUUUUCUCCAUAAAGACCUGAGAUGACAGUUUCACGGGUGGUUUGUGCGACAUUUGCACAAACUCUCCCUUCUUUUAUUUUGAUUUUUUUUUGUAUGCUGCGCUCUGGCUCACUAAAGAGAAAUAUAUUUUUAUUUACACACCUGUACAGAGGUCUUAAAAUGAUACCCCUUUGUCAUUUAGGUGGGAAACAUUUAAAAUAAUGCCAAUUAUUUUUAAGAAUAACCUAAUUUUAACCCAGUGUGACUGAAGAAACCACACUGAACAUUUAAGUUUGGGCAAAGUUAUGCAGUUUAUCCAAAAUAUAAAGUUUUGGCUACAUUUGUAUAAUAAAGGAAGUUUAUACUUUUCUUUCUGUUUCACUGUUCCUGGCUGCUGUUAAAGGGUCGCUUUUCAGUCACUUCUCUCAGGCUAACUGCACUAGUUCAAACAGACCCAGCAAAGUCACAAAUCAGGUAUUUACCUUAAAAAUGUCUCACUUUUAUUUAACCAACUUUGAUUUUUGCUCAUAUAAGGUUUGUUUUUUAUCUAACCUGCUGUGUUUCUGUCAGUAUGGUUUCAGAAGAUGGUUGUGUACUGAGAGCACAUACUCUGAGUAUUUUUGCCUGUUAUGGUAGUUGGAAUGUAACCAAAUAGUGAGUACAACAUUGUUGAAGUUGAUGGUUUCUGACUCUUUUGUUCAAAAGUGCUUGGUAUGACCGAAUAUACAGUACAUACUGUGAAUGCACAAGGCUGUCAGUUGAGGAAGGAUAUCACUGAUGGCCUUGUUUGUGUGGAGGAAAACUUUGCAGAUUGCUUUGGAAGAGAUGUUUUAAUGAUGUAAUGCUUAAUGUAGCACUUUUAUGCA